AUGCCGCUAAUCCGCACCUGCAUCCAGAAGCUCGCGCGCCUCGUCAUGUCCUCCCCAGAAUCCGGCGAGCUGUGUUCCUCUCCUCCCGAUGCCAGCGCCAAGCCGCCGCUCGGCGGUAUUAGGCGGGAUGAUGAAGUCGUCGUUAGCGUGCAGGAGCACGAUGACGACUCCGACGACGUGAGCCUCUUGUUCCCGCGCUAUAGCGUUGGGAUCGCGGAUGUUAGCUCGCAGGCUGUGGCUAGCACGACGGAUGAGGGCGCGUCGGUGAGGUCGCUGGCGGGAGGGACGACUGCUACCGAUUACGACUCGUCGCCGGCGCAGUUCGCGUCGCCGCCCCCUCCGAAUGUUGCGCGAUCGAGCGCUGGAGGAGGUAAGGACGGCCGCAAAUCCCCUCUGGACAACAACGACAAGCCGGUCAGCCCGCUCCAUCUCUCCUCCUCCAACUCUACCGUCAUCAACGACUCCGCCGUCGACGACGCUAAGGACGCCCCCACUCCCCCACCCUCCCCCAUCUCCUCCGCCAUGCUGACCCUGCACCCCGCCGGCCCGCACGCCCGCGCCAUCGCAGACUGCAAGGCCAUCCUGCUGCGCGGCGCCGCGGCGUGGAGCGCCGACUCUAUCAAAGACACCACGAAGACGAUCGAAGCCGCGCUAAGCGUCCUUUACAAGGCGCUCGAGGAGGCGAGGGAUGAGGCAGAGGCGCAUCCCGCGGAGGUGGCGCGCAGGAUGAAGACGCUGGAGCUGGUGAGUGCGAGGUUGGAGAAGCUGGAUGGGGAUGAGACGAAUGUUGUGUUGGUGGCGAUGGUGAGGGCGGGGGUGAAGGGCGUGCUGGUGGAGGGGAGGCGGUUGUUGGGGUGUGUGGAGGGGGAGGCUGGGAUGGGGGAGGUGGGGAAGAAGGAGGAGGGGAAGGGGAAGGAGAAGGGGGAUGUCGAGACGAAGAGUCUCGGGGAGCGGAAUGAGUCUGAAGAGGUGGAGAUGAAGUCUCUGAAAGAGAACGACGAGCGUCAGGAACGGGAUAUCGAUAUGAAGUCUCUGAAGGAGGAUGACGAGCCCAAGAAGAAAGAUGUCGACAUCGAGUCCCUGACGAAGCCCAACGAUUCCCAGGAGCAAGACGUCGACAUGAAGUCUCUAAAGGAGCUCGACGAGUCCAAGGAGCAGGGAUUCGACAUCAAGUCCCUGAGCCGGCCUGACGAGCCCAAGGAGCAGGAUGCCGACAUGAAGUCUCUGAAGGAGAGCAUUGAUCCUAAAGCGCAGGAUAUCGACGUCGAGUCCCUAACCCAACCCGACGAGCCCGAGAAGCAGGACGCUAGCACGAAGUCUCUAAACCAGCCCGAUGAAUCCAAAGAGCACGAAGUCGACAUGCAUUCUCUAAAGGAGAAUGAAGAUCCCAAAAAGGUGGAAUCUAUCGACGAGAGGAAGGAUUCGAAAACUAUGGCAUUGUAACUCCACAUUGCGCCGUCUCCAGGAGGCAGGCAUUGGAAAUAAUAUGAUAAGCUUGGGCUCAGCGGUAUUCUUACCCCGGUGGAUUAUUACACCGAAUUGGCUGUUGGUUAGCUCGUUAGCGCUCAAAUGGCAUUUCUAAGGUCGGAA